AUGACGCCCUUUAGAUCCCAUUUAAUAUUGUUCACGAUCACCAUCUCUAUUAUUUUGAUAUGCAUUGGAUCGAUCUUCAUUCGGUUCGGUUUCCACCAGGAACUGGUGCGGGACAAGACGAACGGCGUUAGGAUCAUCAUGGUGUUGAUGUUCCAGUACCUUGUCGGAGAUCCCAUCAAGUUUAUCAUCAUCGCAGUGGAUCGCACCAUUUGGCCGCGGGAUCAUUAUGUGCCGGACAUGGACAAGAGCAGGCCGGAAUACGAUAGGGAGGACUUUCUGGUGCAGAAAGUGGAGCGCCAGCGGCGAAACCUGUUGAUCACCUCGCAGUAUCGGAACGAGAAGCUGAACGAGAUGUACAAGGAGAUCAGCAGGGAUCUGUGGCUGUUCGGGCGCUACUACUUCUGGCUGAUGCUGGCCAUGCUGGCGACCUGGGAGCCGCGCGUCUACCGCAGCUCGGACAUGAUCAAGAAGCUCAUGCUGUUCAAUCACACGGACUAUUAUGGCCUCGAGGAGCUGGUGCACAUCAAUCAGCUAUUCGACUACAUCGAGAUCAAUCUGAUCAACACCUUCGACACGAACUCCACCACCCUGGGCACCACCUUCACCAGCCCCCCCUGGGUGCACGCCGAGCAAUGGGUGAUGCUGGGCGUUAUCCGCGUGCGGCAGCUGCGGCGGAGCAGCCGCAAGAUCGGCUGGAGUGCUCCCGAAUACACGGACUCGUCCUACCUGCCCGGCUGGCAAAAGCCCUACAAAGUGGUGCCGUACGAGGAUCUGCACUGGCGCGUCACACGCCCCUGGGUGCCCAUGAAGUGGUUGGCGAUUGAUAGCUUCCUGCUGAACUUCCAUCACAUUGGCUUCUUCGACUACUAUCCGGAGCUGAGGGGCUACUCGACACUGCUGUCGCGCAGCAAAGUCAGCACCAAGAUGGUCCUCGACUUCCUCACCGAACAGCACUGGCUCACAAGGAACACGUCGGCGAUCUUUAUAGACUUCACCAUGUACAAUGUGGACAUGAAUCUGUUCAGCGUGAUCACGCUGCGCCUGGAGCAGCUGCCCUUCGGGGGUGUCCUGCCGCACGUGGGCGUGGAGGGGUACGUCCUGUUGCGGGACUUCGAUCAUCUCAAAUGGUACGACCUGUUCGUCUAUAUGAUCUACAUACUGGUGCUGCUGCAGUUCGGGAAGGCGACGGUGAACAAGGUGUGGUACGAUUCGCGCACCCUCAAGAACGUGUGGAACAUCAUGGACCUGCUGAUAUUCGGACUGAAUGCAGUGGUCCUCUGGGUGAUGUUCUUUCGCGCCUCGCUGGUCCGAUCAAUGCUCAAGAAUGUGAGUGUCUUCGGGAACAUGGAUUUUGUGGACUUUCGGCGAGGAUCGCGGCUCGAAGGGCUCGUGCAUAUGCUGAUCGGGGUGCUCAUCUGUCUGACAACGCUGCGGCUGUGGCGGAUCCUGCAGUUCGCGAAUGUCUUUCAUUUGUUCAACCAAACGCUGCGCAUGGCCUGGCAGCCGGUGGUCAGCAUGGCCAUGAUGAUAUUGAUCUUUCUGUUCGGCUUCUGCAUGAUGAUGGUCAUCAUCAAUGGGAACAAUAGCAUCUAUUUCAAUCGCUUCUUCCAGAGCCUGAUCACCUGCAUGUGCUUCUCGUUCGGCUUCAGCUCCCACAUCCAUCCCAGCGAAAUGUUCCACGGCGGCAAGGCCGUCGGACUGAUACUGUACGCCAUCCUGGGCUUCUUCAUCUGCACCGUCCUGAUCAAUGUGUUCGUGGCGAUGAUCAACAACUACUUCACGAUGGCCAAGGAAAGGCGCGACCUGGAGGAGGUGCAGCACCUUGACUUCUUUCAGUUCCUGCGCGUCGAGUAUCAAGGCCUAUUCGAUUUCUACAUGCGUUUGCCCUGCUUUCGGCGGGGAUACAAGCGAAACAAGCGCACCGUCGGUCAGAAUAUCAGCAUCACGACGGACUACAUUGAGCGGAAGAUUCGAUUCCAGCGUCGCCGCAAGAAAAUCAAGAUUGUGGAUGAGGCCAAGGAGGAAAGCGACUUCCAGAUGCGCGGCGAGCAACUGCUUCUCGUUGGCGAGCACAUGGAGACCCAGUUGCAGCUGCUGCGUCUGCGGCUCUUCGGUGAAAAAGCUGAAGAAGCAAUUCGUCCCAAACAGAAAUGGCGUUUAUUUAGUCGUGCAUAA